GUUAUUUGUGCGCGAGCAGAUGUUGUAAUCAUCGAGUCGGUGCGUCGUGCGUCGAGCUCAACAACAGCGGGAUGUCGGCGGAAACAUUCGUGAAAGGGAAGACGAUAGAGCUGAGGAAGAAGCACAUCGGGCCAUCUUGUAAGAUUUUCUUCAGCCAUGACCCUAUCAAGAUUGUGAAAGCCAAAGGCCAGUACAUGUACGAUGAAAAAGGACGCCGCUAUCUGGAUUGCAUCAACAACGUGGCUCACGUGGGCCACUGUCACCCGGAUGUCGUGAAGGCCGGAGCUCAGCAGAUGGAACUGCUCAACACCAACUCGCGAUUCUUGCACGACAACCUUGUACUGUAUGCCCAGAGGCUGCAGGCCACACUGCCCGACAAGCUUUCUGUGUGCUACUUUGUCAACUCAGGCUCUGAAGCCAACGACCUGGCCCUUCGACUAGCAUGGCAGUACUCUGGACACAAAGACGUCAUCACGUUGGAAAAUGCGUAUCACGGCCAUGUCUCAUCGCUCAUCGCCAUCAGUCCGUAUAAGUUCAUCCAACUGUCAGAUACUGAGCAGAUUCAAUCAGUCCAUGUGGCUCCCAGCCCAGAUGUAUACAGAGGCAAAUACAGAGCAGACCACCCUGACCCUGCCUCAGCAUAUGCAGAUGAAGUCAAAGAUAUGAUACACAGAGUCCAUGAAAAAGGAGGCAAGAUUGCCGCAUUCAUUGCUGAGUCAUUGCAGAGUUGUGGCGGGCAGGUCAUUCCCCCGCCGGGCUAUUUCCAGCAAGUGGCACAGCACGUCCGCCAGGCAGGAGGCGUUUUCAUCGCUGAUGAAGUCCAGGUGGGCUUUGGCCGUGUUGGCACCCACUUCUGGGCCUUCCAGCUUCAGGGAGAGGACUUUGUGCCCGACAUCGUCACCAUGGGAAAGCCUAUUGGCAACGGUCACCCAAUGUCAUGUGUCGUCACAACCAAAGAGGUGGCAGAGUCCUUCAUGGCGUCUGGAAUAGAGUAUUUCAAUACGUUUGGUGGCAACCCGGUGUCGUGUGCCAUCGGCAUGGCCGUCCUAGAUGUGCUCGAGAAAGAGGAUCUCCAGGGUAAUGCACUGCGUGUGGGGAGAUACCUGACCGGUCUGCUGGAAGAGCAGAAAGAGAAGCAUCCACUGGUUGGUGAUAUCAGGUGUCAAGGCCUCUUUGCUGGGGUGGAGCUUGUGAAGGACAGGUUGAAGCUUACUCCUGCUACAGCAGAAGCCCAGGAAGUCAUAUAUAGGCUAAAGGAACAGUGCAUCCUUCUUAGUGCUGACGGGCCGCAUCGCAAUGUGCUCAAAUUGAAGCCCCCCAUGUGCUUCACGAAGGAGGACGCUGACCUGUUGGUGGGGAAACUCGACCACAUUCUCACAGAGCUGGAAGAAGCAUUGGGCUUGAAGUUCCACAAUGCAUUGAGUGUCGAGAAUGAAAGCAGUAAAAGAAAGCAGCCAACUGAUGAAAAUGGCCGCCAGCAUCUCGGUGGUUUAGCACACGGCGGAGGGAGCAGUCAGGAAGAUCCUCAAAUAGCCAAACGCAUCAGGUCAUGACGCUGCCUGCAGACAGAGUCAGAGCCGGGGCAUCGCGCCACUGGUUCCCCCAUAACUACAUGUCUGUUAUGUUUGUUUCUCGUUGUGCAAAACAUUCCCUUAAUUGUGCGCGCUACCACGCUACGUGUAUUCUUAAUUUUAAUUUCUGACAACGAGCACUGAUUUUCAGGGAAGCCAGGUG